AUGGGCAAGUUCGGCUCAUCGGCCUCACUUCUGGCGCUGCCGGUUGGUAUACGGUCUCUGCUUAGAGCACCCAUUGCUUGCUGCCGGAGCUAUGCAUCUACUGAUGCAAGACCACAGACGUUGACCAUUGGAGGGAAACAGUAUCCUACAGACGACUGGACCAAUGUGCCUUCGUCGAUAUUGUCUAAUUAUGGACGGAAACUGCAUGUCCAGCCCAAUCAUCCCCUCUCGAUCACCAGGAAACUCAUAGAAUCGCGGUUCCCUGAUUUUCAAAACCAUAACGAAUUGACCCCGGUGGUAACCGUCAAGCAGAACUUCGAUUCCCUAGGGUUUGCAGCAGACCAUCCUGGACGGAGUAGAACAGACACUUACUACGUGAACAAAGACACUGUUCUGCGAACACAUACCAGUGCGCAUGAGGUCGAUGUCUUUCGUGCCAAUACCAGUCCGGGGUACACUAUUUCAGCAGAUGUGUACCGUCGAGACGCGGUCGACCGAAGCCAUUAUCCAGUUUUCCAUCAGAUGGAGGGAGCGUUAACAUGGGAUCGAAAUGACUUUGCUAAUAGCAAGGCCCUCACGAAUCAGAUCCUGAAAGACAUUGAGGGAAUUCCUAAGCAUGAUCUUGCUGUGGACGACCCUAACCCAACAUUUGAUCCUGUGCGAAAUCCGCUUCAGACCGACUUUCACUCGCCAGAAGAAGCUGAAGCUGUAGCCAAACACCUGAAGCGUUCGCUAGAGAACAUGGUCGUUGCUAUAUUCUCAGAAGCAGACAAGGCUCUAGCUGCAUCUGGCAACGAUGUUGAGGGAGAGAAGGAGCCUCUGAAGGUACGUUGGGUCGAGGCAUUCUUCCCGCAUACCUCUCCUUCGUGGGAAAUGGAAGUCUGGUGGCGUGGCGACUGGUUGGAAGUUCUUGGUUGUGGUGUGAUCGAUCAGCCGCUUCUGAACAGGGCAGAUGUCUCGUCCAGAGUCGGCUGGGCCUUCGGCAUUGGCCUUGAACGAAUCGCGAUGCUGCUAUUUGGGAUACCAGAUAUCAGGCUUUUCUGGAGCAACGAUCAACGCUUCCUUGGACAAUUCGACGAAUCGAAGCCAACUCGCCGUUUUCAGCCAUUCAGCAAGUAUCCGGCCGCGCCUAGAGAUGUUGCGUUCUGGCUGCCCAAAACCGGUCCGGUUGUCACAGAAACUCCAGCAACAGUCUCAUCUGCACCUUCGCCUGCUGGAGGUCAGCCCACUGAACCACCUUUGACCACAGAAACGCCAGUGUUCCACGAGAACGACCUAAUGGAGGUUGUCCGCAACACGGCUGGCAACAGUGUCGAGGACGUGGCACUUAUCGAUGAUUUUACGCAUCCAAAGACGGGACGCAAGAGUCUUUGCUACCGAGUCACAUAUCGCAGUCUUGAGAAGACACUUACGAAUGAAGAAGCGAAUAGCCUCCAUGAACAGAUCCGCUCUGAGCUCGUGAACAGAUUUGGUGUUGAGCUGAGAUGA